UUAUUUAUGCUUAGUCACCACACACUAUCUCGAUUCACGCCAAAAAUCCUCCCUCAUUGCAGAGUUUGUUUGCCAAAAACCUCUUCAACAAUUCUCUGUUUAUUUACUUCCCUCAUUAAUAGCUUUCCUCAACUCCAACCUUUUUCUUGGCUACUUCUGAAAACCUUUCUCUCCCUUCCUUGUCUUCUUACCUCUUACUCCUUAUAUAUAUGUUCUCUGCACUCUUGCUCCUUUAAGCUGUAACUGCAAAACUAUACCUCUCAACUGUUCUCCUUGUUUGCUUCUUUUUGUAAUUGUUUAGUGUUCUUCCUUCAAAAGGGUCUCUUUUUCUAUAAUGUAACUUGAUCAAGUUGUCUUUUUUGCUUCCUUUCUCUGUUUGAUUAAUGUCCAUUUCCUCAAAGCUGGUUUAAAGUUGUUGAUAUGAGUCCAAUCAUGGGUUCUCGUUAAUCUUGUUCCACUGGCAGUUUUUUUUUUUUUUCUGAUCUUAAAGGUUUCUUCGUGGAUUUUGUUAAUGCCCAUUUGCUUCAGUUUGAUUUAGACGAUCCCAAAUGGAGUUUACAGUGAUGGGUUUUCGCUAAUUUUCUGGUACUUGCUUUCGAACUCUUAAAACUUUUAGCUUGACUGAGAUUUCUGCCUGGUUUUUUAGCAUGUAAGAUUAUACCAUGUAAUUUAUCAUAUCUAAUUGUACCUUUUGUUCUUGUUGGUAAACUUUUGGCGGGAUUUAGUUCAUGUCAAGAAAGCUUCUCUUUCUCUUUUUUGAACAAUGAGGUAAAGAAGAAGUGAUUAUGGAUCUAAGUUUAGUUGAAUUUGAUCGUUAGUUAAGAUCUGAAAGAUAUGGAGAGCAUCGUUUCUUUCCGUUAACUAAGAUCUUUCUCAAAUUCACCAUGGCAUUUGCUCGUUAGCAUCCUUGACUUUCUACCCACAAAUUGAAUUUUGGUGCUUUGAUUCGUAUCUAAUUUGAUUCUUUUCAUCCGUCAUAGCAAUAUACUCCCCAAUCAUUCUUUAUAAAUUCUUUGAAAAUGUAAAUUUCUUUUAUUCUAGAUAUUUAGUUGCAGGCCUUACCAAGGGUCGGUUAUACAUAGCAGAAAUGAUAAAUACACAUAUUUUUUUCUUCUUAAUUCCAAACAUGAUCAGCCAAUUCUUGUCCUUCUGUCCAUAAUUUCCCAGCUUAGCUUAGCUUAUGCAAGUUUAGUUACCAUACUGGCCUCUCGAGUGCUUUAAUCUUUGUCAGUGUGUUGUGUCUUGUAUUCUGUCUUCUUUAGUUAUCUGUCAAUCUAAAUAAGAAAAGACUUCGAAAAGAAAAACGUUCUUGUCUGAACAAUAUUGAGCUACCAUGGAAGAAACUUUUGUUCCACUCCGUGGAAUCAAGAAUGACCUGAAAGGAAGGCUUUUAUGCUACAAGCAAGAUUGGACUGGUGGCUUCCGAGCAGGUAUCAGGAUCCUUGCUCCAACAACAUAUAUAUUCUUCGCUUCAGCAAUUCCAGUAAUAUCUUUUGGGGAGCAGCUGGAAAGAAAUACAGAUGGAAGCUUGACCGCAGUACAAACUCUUGCAUCAACAGCACUUUGUGGCAUCAUUCACUCAGUUGUUGGAGGGCAGCCCCUGCUCAUUCUUGGCGUUGCAGAGCCAACAGUGUUGAUGUAUACAUUUAUGUACAACUUUGUGAAGGACCGAAAGGAUUUGGGGCAUAAACUCUUCUUAGCUUGGGCAGGAUGGGUUUGUGUGUGGACAGCACUUUUGCUUUUCUUAUUGGCAAUUCUAGGAGCAUGUUCUAUAAUAAAUCGAUUUACACGUGUUGCUGGUGAAUUAUUUGGUCUACUAAUUGCAAUGCUUUUCAUGCAGCAAGCUAUUCGGGGAGUUGUGGAGGAGUUUGGCAUUCCCGCAAGAGAAAAUCCUGAUCAAACAGCAUUGCGACCUUCUUGGCGAUUUGGCAAUGGAAUGUUUGCACUAGUUCUGUCCUUCGGCCUUCUUCUCACUGCACUAAGGAGCCGUAAAGCAAGAUCCUGGCGCUAUGGAACAGGCUGGGUUCGAGGUUUUAUAGCAGAUUACGGGGUGCCACUUAUGGUGCUUGUGUGGACUGCUGCAUCUUACAUACCUGUUAAUCAUAUUCCAAGAGGGAUUCCAAGGCGUCUUUUCAGUCCAAACCCAUGGUCUCCUGGUGCAUACUCUAAUUGGACAGUGAUCAAGGAAAUGUUGAAUGUGCCCCCUCUUUACAUAGUUGGAGCAUUUAUUCCGGCAACGAUGAUUGCUGUGCUUUACUAUUUUGAUCACAGUGUAGCAUCACAACUCGCUCAACAGAAAGAGUUCAAUCUGAAAAAGCCACCUUCAUACCAUUAUGACCUUCUUCUCUUGGGUUUUCUGGUUAUAUUAUGUGGUCUUAUUGGCAUUCCGCCAUCCAAUGGUGUUAUUCCACAAUCUCCAAUGCACACAAAAAGCUUAGCAACCCUGAAACAUCAGCUUUUGCGUAAUAAGCUUGUGUCAACAGCACGGAAAAGUAUAAGUAAAAAUUCAAACCUGAGUCAAGUUUAUCGGAGCAUGCAAGAGGCAUACAAUGAAAUGCAGACUCCACUUGUCUAUCAACUUCCAUCCACUCUGGGACUGAAAGAACUGAAAGAAUCCACUAUCCAACUGGCCUCAAGUACUGGCUACAUUGAUGCACCUGUUGACGAGGCCAUUUUUGACGUGGAUAAGGAAAUUGAUGAGCUUUUACCUGUUGAAGUCAAAGAACAACGUCUCAGUAACCUGCUUCAGUCAUUGAUGGUUGCUGGUUGCAUUGCUGCUAUGCCUCUUCUUAAGAAGAUACCCACUUCUGUUCUUUGGGGUUAUUUUGCUUUCAUGGCCAUUGAAAGCUUGCCUGGGAAUCAAUUUUGGGAGAGGAUAUUAUUGCUUUUCACUGCUCCAAGUCGAAGAUACAAGGUGUUGGAGGAGUAUCAUGCAACCUUUGUUGAGACUGUGCCUUUCAAAACAAUUGCCACCUUUACCUUUUUCCAGACUGUUUAUUUGCUUGUAUGCUUUGGCAUAACAUGGAUCCCAAUAGCUGGAGUCCUCUUCCCACUUUUGAUCAUGCUUCUUGUGCCAGUGCGGCAAUAUGUGCUCCCCAAGUUUUUCAAAGGUGCACAUCUUCAAGACCUUGAUGCUGCAGAAUAUGAGGAAGCUCCAGCCAUUGCCUACAACAGGACAUUUGAAGACCAGGAACUUCAGGCAAGGACUAAUAAUAUUGAUGGUGCAGAAAUUCUAGAUGAAAUUAUCACAAGAAGCCGUGGAGAAAUCCGCCGUUCACAGAGUCCUAAAAUAUCAAGUGCAACUCCAACUUCACUGGGGGACAUAAAACCUGCUUACAGCCCACGGAUCUCCCAAAGGGCACGUAGUCCACGGAUUAGCCAACUGAGGGGGGAAAUAAGCCCCAGCUUGACUGAAAAGGGAUUAGAAUUCAAGCAAACUCCCAGUCCUGGACCAUCUACACUUGGACAAAGCAGCAAUGCUUCGUUGUCAAGCUAAAAAACCUUCAUUUGUAAUUCUGGUUAGUAGUGAGUUUAUGUCAAUGGCACUCGAGAGGUCUUGUGCUUAGUUCAUGUAAGUGGUGUUAUCUUUUCAGUGUGUUUUCCAGUUCCGUCUAACGAUAGGGUGUUUAAUUGUAUCUCCCAAUAUAAUGGAAUAUGUGUUUAUUUCACUAUCACGUAUGGUAGCUUGAAUUUCUUAUUUGA